AUGAAUAAUUCAAAUUUACCUCCUUUAAUAUAUUAAAAUUUUUAAUUAAAUGAAGAUGGAAAAUAUCUUUCGAAGAGUCUUUAUUAAUCAGAACCUAUUCUAUUUUAUUAAGAAAUGGGAUAUUAAAAGUUAAUUUAGUAUAAAAAUUUUAUAGCUGUAGAAAAUCAAGGAAAUGUUAGAUGUUUUAAAUUUUAAGUGGGAUUAAUUAUUUCGAUUUAAACUAUAAAAAUCACAAAUAAAGACUAUUCAAUAAUAGCAAUUUGGUACAAUCUAAUAAUUUUACAUUACAAAAUUUCACAAGAUCACUUAUCCUUAUUUAUUGUAAUGAUUAUGAAUUACAUUAAAUUUUUAAUUAUAGUUUUUCUGAUUAUGUAUUUUCAUAUCCAUUUAAGUACAUUAGAAACCCUUCUCAUUUAGCUAUUUUAAUGA